AUGGUUGGCUCUUUAGUUAGUAAAUCUUUGAAUGUUGUGACAUUUACAACAGUACUGCUUUGUUUGGUUUCAUUAACCGAAGGAGGGACAUCCGCGGUUGUUCACGGCAAGAGGUAUCGUGGUCCCGUUGUACAGGUUUUGGAGAUCAUUGGACAACAGCAGUGUGUCCGGGAAUGUGAACAUAGACCUAGGCUAUGUCGGGGAGUCAACUACCGGAAACAGGAACUACUUUGUGAACUCGUGUCGGCCAUUGACGAAACGGAAUCAAAAUCUGACUAUAUUAGAAUUGAAAUCGAGCAGACUGGCCAUAUUCCGGAUGAUGCCUGUCAUGCUCUACUGACGAUCUGUGUGUGA